GGAGGGGGUAGCAAAAGGAAACAGCCCUAGGGCGUGCUAUGCGCCUGCGUUCCCUCCCGCCGGCCCCGCCCUAGAGGCGUACGAGCUCUGUACGUGCGUGCUGCGUCCUGACGUUGGCGACGCGCUGGGCGCAGUGACGAUAUCGGCGGGUUUACAUUGGCGCGGCCCAGAAGGCGGAGGCCUCUGCGGCGACGUCUUCGGAGACGCGCGGCCUUCCCCCGCGCUAGCCAUGGCCGACUACCUGAUUAGUGGGGGCACGUCCUACGUGCCGGACGACGGGCUCACGGCACAGCAGCUGUUCAACUGCGGGGACGGCCUCACCUACAAUGACUUUCUCAUUCUCCCCGGGUACAUCGAUUUCACUGCAGACCAAGUGGACCUGACCUCUGCUCUGACUAAAAAGAUCACUCUGAAGACCCCACUUGUUUCCUCACCCAUGGACACAGUCACAGAGGCUGGGAUGGCCAUAGCAAUGGCGCUUACAGGUGGUAUUGGCUUCAUCCACCACAACUGUACACCAGAAUUCCAGGCCAAUGAAGUUCGUAAAGUGAAGAAAUAUGAGCAGGGAUUCAUCACGGACCCUGUGGUCCUCAGUCCCAAGGAUCGAGUGAGGGAUGUCUUUGAAGCCAAGGCCCGGCAUGGCUUCUGUGGUAUCCCCAUCACUGACACAGGCCGGAUGGGGAGCCGCCUGGUGGGCAUCAUCUCCUCGAGGGACAUUGAUUUUCUCAAGGAGGAGGAGCAUGACCGGUUUUUGGGAGAGAUCAUGACAAAGAGGGAAGACUUGGUGGUAGCCCCUGCAGGCAUCACAUUGAAGGAAGCAAAUGAAAUUCUGCAGCGCAGCAAGAAGGGAAAGUUACCCAUUGUAAAUGAAGAUGAUGAGCUAGUGGCCAUCAUUGCCCGGACAGACCUGAAGAAAAACCGAGAUUACCCACUGGCCUCCAAAGAUGCCAAGAAGCAGCUGCUGUGUGGAGCAGCCAUUGGCACUCAUGAGGAUGACAAGUAUCGGCUGGACUUGCUAGCCCAGGCUGGUGUGGACGUGGUGGUUUUGGACUCUUCCCAGGGAAACUCCAUCUUCCAGAUCAACAUGAUCAAGUACAUCAAAGAGAAAUACCCCAGUCUCCAAGUCAUUGGAGGCAAUGUGGUCACAGCUGCUCAGGCCAAGAACCUCAUUGAUGCUGGUGUAGAUGCCCUGCGGGUGGGAAUGGGCAGUGGCUCCAUCUGCAUCACCCAAGAAGCGGCUCCCAAGAUCCCUCCAGACAUAAAGUCCCACAGCCCCAAAUGCCCUUCUACUGUCACGGGCUGCUAUAUGCUGGCCUGUGGGCGGCCCCAAGCAACAGCAGUGUACAAGGUGUCAGAAUAUGCACGGCGCUUUGGUGUUCCUGUCAUCGCUGAUGGAGGAAUCCAAAAUGUGGGCCAUAUUGCCAAAGCUUUGGCCCUUGGGGCCUCCACAGUUAUGAUGGGCUCCCUCCUGGCUGCUACCACUGAAGCCCCUGGCGAGUAUUUUUUCUCUGAUGGGAUCCGGCUAAAGAAAUAUCGUGGUAUGGGUUCUCUUGAUGCCAUGGACAAGCAUCUCAGCAGCCAGAACCGAUAUUUCAGUGAAGCUGACAAAAUCAAGGUGGCCCAGGGGGUGUCUGGGGCUGUGCAGGAUAAAGGAUCCAUCCACAAAUUUGUUCCCUACCUGAUUGCCGGCAUCCAGCACUCCUGCCAGGACAUUGGUGCCAAGAGUUUGACCCAAGUCCGAGCCAUGAUGUAUUCUGGAGAGCUCAAGUUUGAGAAGAGAACAUCCUCAGCUCAGGUGGAAGGUGGUGUCCACAGCCUCCAUUCGUAUGAGAAGCGUCUUUUCUGAAAAGGGAUACAGCACACCCUCGGUUUUUCAAUAAAAGUUUGAAAAAAAGUAAUGCCUGAUCUUUGAGGUCAACAAGCAGG